AUGCGUUCUUCUCUCGUUUUGAUCGCCGCUCUGGCGAGCGCUGCUCUCGCCUACCCUACCGAAAGGUCCGUUGAGCCCCGCACCCUGGGCCUCCUCGGGGAGCUCCUCGGCGACAUCACUGUCGACGUGUCUUCCAUCCUCAAUACCAUCCUCCAUGGCCACUCCUCCGUUGAGCUCUUUGCUGGUCUAAGUGCUGAGGGUGCUGCCGCUCUUCAGGGUGGUGCUCUCGGCUGCAAGUCCGGCGCUAUCCACUACAAGGCUAAGGCCGCUCUCAAAGCUUGGCUGCUCUUCCACGCCAACAUUGACCUCUCUCUCAAGAAGUCACUGAUCUCAUGGUGUGAGGGUAACGAGGAGCUCGUCCUCUCCUCAGACGUCCUGGCUGCUCUGUCCGUGUACAUCCCCGGAUGUGCCGACAUCGCUGCCAAGGGUCAGCUUUUCGUGACCAUUGAGGGUAUCUUCGAGGCUGCCAGCCUCGAGUCUGCUCUCGUCCUGAGUGCUGGUGCUCAGGCUUCCCUUUCCGCUUGGAUUGAGGCUCAGCUUGGUCUUGAUGUGGGCGUCAAGGUCGGUCUGAAUGUCUGCGCCGCUGGCGGUGUUGUCGGCAGUCUGUCGGCUGAUAUCAAGGCUGCCCUCUUUGCUUGGAUCAGCAGCAAGGAGUGUGAGCUCAGCGCUCACCUCAAGAUCACAGUCCUUGCCUGGAUCAAUGGUCACGCCGGUGGUGACCUUGUUGAGAUUGGUGCUAUUGCUGACACUGCUCUCUCCACCAUCUCCGUUGGUGCUUCCAUUGGCGUGCACGUCCUGGAGUCCGGCCUCCUGUCUAUUGGCGGCCAGGCCUCCCUCGCCGCCUUCCUGGGCGUUGAUCUCGCUGGUAAUCUCGCUGCUGAUGUCAAGCUCGGUCUCGAGGCAUGCGCCAAGGGUGGGCUCGCCACCGCCGUGGAACUUGAUAUCCGUACCCAGCUCGCCAUCUGGCUCCACAGCUCCGACUGCACUCUGGGCGUUGAGCUCAAGGCUGUUGUCCUUCUUUGGCUGUCCUUCGCUGUCGAGGCUGAUGCCUCCGUUUCACUCGACCUGGUUGGUGGUCUUGUCGGCGAUGUCACUGGUCUCCUGACCGAGACCCUCACCGGUCUCAGCGUUGAUCUCCGUGGUGCCCUUUCCCUCUGCGCUGCCGGCGGUAGCCUGGUUGACCUGACCUUCGCUGCCCGUGCUGAGCUCGCUGCCUUCCUCAGUGGCUGCACAUCCAUUGAAAUCGAUACCAGCAUCCAGAUCAUCAUCAUCGAGUGGUUCACCGGCUGCAGCAUUCCCGGUGCUCCCUCCGCCCCCGCCUCGUCUUCCGUUCCCAGCCUGCCCUCCAGCACCCCUUACCUGCCCAGCACCUCCGCUGUGCCUUCCGGUCCCGGUGCCUCCGUCUCCGUCUCUGUCUCUGUUCCUGCCGGCACUCCCAUUCCCAGCGGCCCUGCUGCCUCUACCACCCCCUGUGAUACCGAGACCUCGGUCAUUGUCGGCUCCACUGUGAUCCCCGGCCCCAGCGGCUCCGGCUCUAUCACUGUCACUGUCCCUGUUGUUCCCACCGGUACCAGCCCUGCUGAGACUCCCUCCGGCGUCUCUCCCACCGGCACCGGUGUCCCCGGAGUCCCCAGCGCCCCUGUCUCUUCUGGACCCGUUCCCUCCGGCCCCGAUGCUACCAGCACUCCCUGUGAUACCGAGACCUCGCAGAUUAUCACCUCAACUGUGAUUCCCGGCCCUAACGGCUCCGGUUCUAUUACCGUUACCAUCCCUGCCGUGCCCACCGGAACCAGCCCUGCUGAGACCCCCUCCGGCGUCUCUCCCACCGGUACCGGCGUCCCCGGAGUCCCCAGCGCCCCUGUCUCUUCUGGACCCGUUCCCUCCGGCCCUGAUGCUACCAGCACUCCCUGUGAUACCGAGACCUCGCAGAUUAUCACCUCAACUGUGAUUCCCGGCCCUAACGGCUCCGGUUCUAUUACCGUUACCAUCCCUGCCGUGCCCACCGGAACCAGCCCUGCUGAGACCCCCUCCGGCGUCUCUCCCACCGGUACCGGCGUCCCCGGAGUCCCCAGCGCCCCUGUCUCUUCUGGACCCGUUCCCUCCGGCCCUGAUGCUACCAGCACUCCCUGUGAUACCGAGACCUCGGUCAUUAUCACCUCGACUGUGAUCCCCGGUCCUAACGGCUCCGGCUCUAUCACUGUCACUGUCCCUGUUGUUCCCACCGGAACCAGCCCUGCUGAGACCCCCUCCGGCGUCUCUCCCACCGGCACCGGUGUCCCCGGAGUCCCCAGCGCCCCUGUCUCUUCUGGACCCGUUCCCUCCGGCCCCGCUGCCACCUCUGUCCCAUGUGACACCGAGACCUCGGAGAUUAUCACCUACACUGUGAUUCCCGGUGGUCCCGGCGAGUCUGGCUCCAAGACCGUCACCGUCCCUGCCGUGCCGACUGCCACCGGACCUGCUGAGACUCCCUCCGGCGUUGCUCCCACCGGCACUCCUGUCGCUACCGGCCCUGCUGCCAGCACUCCCUGUGACACCGAGACCUCCGCUAUCGUCACCUCCACUGUGAUCCCCGGUGGCCCUGUUCCUUCCGGCGUCGCUGCCACCACUGAGGUGCCUGUUCCUUCCGGCCCCGCUGCCACCACUGAGGUUCCCGUUCCUUCUGGACCUGCUGCUGCCAGCACUCCCUGCGACACCGAGACCUCCGCCAUCGUCACCUCCACUGUGAUCCCCGGCGGCCCUGCUCCCUCCGGCCCGGCUGGUACCACCGAGGUGUCCGUUCCUUCCGGUCCUGCCCCUACCAGCCCUCCCACCCAGCCCUCCGGCGGUGAGUCUGUUACCACCAAGACCGUGACUGUGACUGCCACCGUCUGCGGCUGCGAGUAA